CCUAGUUCUUCUUCCUCUUCUUCUUCUUCUCUCAAUCUGUAACCAGAAAUUUCAUCCGCAUAUCUCUAUCGCCGUCCUCUCGCCCAAUUCGCCUCUCUAUUAAAUUUCAUAAAUUUUUCAAAUUGUUUUUGUUGCUAUCAUAAUUAGGUCUCUUUAGUAAAGACUCCGAAUUCAUUUGUUUCUCUACUUGUUCGUUGUGUUGUUGUUGUUGAUCUCAGUCUGGUUUCGAUUUGCUCACGAUCUCGUUAAUUCGUCCUGCAAAAGUCAACAAGGAAGUUUUGAUUUUUAAGUAAUGUUAUAAAGAUGAUGAUGAACCAAGGAGGCAAUACUCAGGCCAUUGCUGCCGUCGACCCCAAUUCGAUUGAGAAUCGCCAUGUAGCUAAUGGAAACCAAGGACAGGCGUCCUUGUAUUAUCCAUCAACAAGUGGGGCGCAAGCUCCAACAUGGCCAACUCAUCAGGUGGAGAAUAGCUCCACAGAUAAUGGGGUUCAUUCUCAAACAACUUAUCAAUACAGUCAGCAUACGCAGCCGCCUGGGGGUAGCUCGUCCAGUUCCGGAACAGUGAAUGCUCCGCAAGUGAAUGCACCACAAGAUUACAGUAGCUACACGUCAUAUUCUAAUCCCGCCGAUCCAUAUGGUUAUGGAAGUGCUGGAUACCAAGGUUACUAUAACAACUAUCAGCAGCAACCCAACCAGUCAUACUCACAACCAGUAGGAGCAUAUCAAAAUACAGGUGCUCCUUAUCAGCCUAUUUCCUCAUUUCAGAAUACAGGGUCUUAUGCUGGGUCUGCAAGUUAUUCAAGCACUUACUACAAUCCUGCUGAUUAUCAGACUGCUGGAGGCUAUGCUAGUAGCGGUUACACUAAUCAGACUAAUCAGACCACUGCUUGGAAUGGUGGAAGUUAUGCAAACUAUACCCCUCAACAGUAUGCACCAUACACUCCAGAAACUCCUGGUGUAUAUAGUUCGGCUACUCCAACUCCAACCCCAACCCCACAAAAUUAUCAGCAGCAAUAUAAACAAUGGGCAGAUUAUUACAAUCAAACAGAAGUCAGUUGUGCUCCUGGGACUGAGAACUUGUCUGUUACUAGUACACAAAAUGUUGGAUGCCCCGUUCCAGGUGUUACCACUGGGUAUCAAACCUCAGUCAGCCAGCCACCACCUUCAUACGCUCCUUCAUGGAGGCCAGAAUCUGGUUCAUCUGAAUUGCCAUCGGUGCAGUCUGGUGCUGUAGUUGGUGGUGCUCAUGAUGCUUACUGGAAUCAUGUGGCUCCUACUCUGCAAUCUCAAACUCAGCAUAUAUCUCCUAUGCAAGCUCAAUUCCAAAAGCCUUUGGAUAAAAAAAAUUCUUAUGAAAGUUUUCAGGAUCAACAAAAGACUGCAACUUCUCAAGCAUCAAGCAUUCAGUACCCUCCUGCUUCUCAGCAGCUGCCUUAUGGGUCUCAUAGUUACCAAACACCUUCACAAGCUGUUCCAUCUAUAGACCCACAAAGAGUAAACAAACUGCAGAUUCCAAUGAACCCUAGAAUCAAUUCAAGUAUGACUGUGGGUUUACGAAAAACUGACAAGGAUAUAAUUACAACCAGUCCUGCAGCAAAACCUGCUUACAUCAGUGUUUCACUGCCAAAACCGGUUGACAAAGUGCCUUCCAGUGGUAGUUCUGAUUCUCUACUAAAGACUGGUAUGUUCCCUAAGUCGCUGCGUGGUUAUGUUGAAAGGGCUUUGGCUCGCUGUAAAGAUGAUAACCAGAUGGCUGCCUGUCAGGUUGUCAUGAAGGAGAUCAUCACCAAGGCAACAGCUGAUAACACACUUUACACACGAGACUGGGAUACUGAGCCUCUUUUUCCCCUGCCAAAUGAAGCUGCUACAAAUAAAGACAGGUUAAAUUCUUCAGAUCUUGUUUCCUCAUUGGCAAAGCUCAAUAGAAGUCCAAGUAGACGGUCCAAGAGUAGAUGGGAACCUUUACUAGAGGAGAAGUCAGAGAAGUCUGCCGAGAGGCCAGCCUCUUCAAAUAGCGGUGGUCUGAACUAUGCUGCUUGGGGACAUGUCAAUAAUAAGGAGAGAAAGCCAUUUGUGUGGAAUGCUGCAAGUAAGAAUGAUAAUAUGAGUAAUGCGAGGUUUUCUUCACUGGAGCAAAAAAGUGCAAGUAAGAUAACCCAAAAGCCGUUUAAGAGGCAGCGCCUUUCUGAUGGGGUAGGUACUGCUGAGAACGGUGAUGCAUCUAGUGAUAGUGAUACAGACCAAGGAUUAGCAGCUUACUAUGCUGGAGCUGCUGGAGCAAUGGCCCUUGCAGAUUCACCAGAGGAAAGAAAGAGACGUGAACAUCGCUCUAAGCGAUUUGAAAAAGUGCAAGGUCAUCGAGGACAAAAUAGUCAUUUCAAAUCAAAAAAUGCUGGCACUGGAAACCUGUAUACUAGAAGAGCUAAUGCCAUGGUGCUCAGCAAAAAUUUUGAAGAUGGUGCUAGCAGGGCUGUUGAAGACAUUGACUGGGAUUCUCUUACUGUCAAGGGGACUUGCCAAGAAAUUGAGAAACGUUACUUGCGCCUCACUUCUGCACCUGAUCCUUCCACUGUAAGGCCGGAGGAUGUUCUUGAAAAAGCUUUGCUUAUGGUACAAAAUUCCCAGAAGAAUUACCUAUUUAAAUGUGAUCAGCUGAAGUCCAUUCGCCAGGAUUUAACUGUGCAACGAAUUCAAAAUCAACUAACAGUAAAGGUGUAUGAAACUCAUGCUCGGUUAGCAUUGGAAGUUGGAGACCUGCCAGAAUAUAAUCAGUGCCAGUCACAGUUGAAAUCACUCUAUGCUGAUGGUAUUGAGGGAUGUCAUAUGGAAUUUUCUGCGUACAACUUACUUUGUGUUAUACUUCACUCAAAUAAUAACAGAGAUCUGUUAUCAUCAAUGGCAAGCUUGUCAGUUGAAACGAAAAGGCACGAAGCUGUCAAACAUGCUCUUGCAGUUCGAGCUGCUGUCACCUCGGGAAAUUAUGUCAUGUUCUUCAGGCUCUACAAGACAGCUCCUAACUUAAGCACCUGCCUUAUGGAUCUUUAUGUUGAAAAGAUGAGGUUUAAGGCAGUGAGCUGCAUGUGCCGAUCAUAUCGGCCCACGAUACCUGUUACAUAUGUUGCUCAAAUUCUGGGCUUUACCACCAUUACACCUACAAAUGAGGAAAGUGAGGAGAAGGAUUCAGAAGGAUUAGAGGAAUGUAUUGAAUGGUUGAAACUGCAUGGUGCAUGCCUCAUUGCAGAUAACAAUGGGGAAAUGCAGCUUGAUGCGAAGUCUACUAGUUCUAGCCUUUACAUGCCAGAGACUGAUGCUGUAUCCCAUGGAGAUGCUAAUCUCGCUGUUAAUGAUUUUUUUACACGAACACCUUCAUAGACUGUUCGUAUCCAGUUUAAUUUUUGAAUUGGGAGCAGAGGAGGAACACGAUGCUACCAUCACACUUUUGCACAACACAGCCACUUCCCAUACUGGUCGGGAUUCGGGGUUCUCUUGUACAAUAGAGAAUAGAUCACUGAUUUGUAACUGGUAUAUGGAAAAUGGAAUGAAAAAAAAAAUUCCAAAUUCCUUUGGAAAGAUUUGCUUUACCUAGAAUGCCUGGGGAUUUGUUUCUAGUAUCUAAAAUCGUUCACAUUGAGGUUAGAACAUGGUAAAUAUACUAGAGGAAGAAAUUUAAUUUAUGUUGUGUUGUAUGUUAGACUAUUUUUGAGCUAUCUUCACGAUUCUCUCUAAGUUAGCUUCUUCGAUAUAAUGAAUGCUGGGAG